CUAGACUUUAACACCUAUCGAAUCCUGCUUUUUUUUUUAAUUACUCAUUCCCAUCUUUCACUUCUUUAAUCAUACGCUGUUCUACAUGCCCAUGCUCUUUCACCAUAUACUAGGGUCACAAUGGCCUUCCGUAUUCUCCUUAUCCUUGCGACGUUUCUGCUCUUCGUAGCGGCUUCUUCUACUACCGCAGAAACCAUUACCGCAACUACCUCCACCGACCGUUCUGCCCUUCCUUCGGAUAUUUCUUCGCUGCCAGACUGCGGUAUAGAGUGUCUCUCGACAGCCGGAAAGGAAAUUGGCUGCGCCGGUACUGACCUAGAAUGUAUAUGCUCGCAAAGCGACGCGUUUGCAGACAGUUUCGAGCAAUGUCUGAAAAACGAGUGCACUAUUAAAAUAUUCAAAAACCUUAGGGGCGUGCGCCAACAGAUUUGCGAUGCAGUGAAAGGUAGUUCUAAUUCUGCUGCCUUAGCAUCGGCGUCAGCUGUAAUUGCGUCCGAUACGUCCCAAGAGACUGGGAGCGGUGCCGAGCGCUUGACUCACGUGGGUAUACUUAGUGCUAUUGCUUGGGGAGCCCUGAUUAUGUAGAAAUCCAGGUAUUAAAUAGGAUUUAGAAAAUUAGGUAAUUUAAAGCGCGGCAGUUAUUAAUAAAUUAUCUAUUAGCAUUA